AUGGGUGGCCAGGAUCACACUCCGAAGAGAUCCCAGGAUGAAGCUACCAACGCUAAGGUGCUGAUUCACCAGCGUGGCCAAAUCAAGCGCAGAGUCACUCUCAUCAACAACAUGCUAGAGGAAGCCAAAGAAGACCCGUCGAAGGUGACUCAAACGCAGCUAAAGGUGGCCGAUCGCCUCCUCACCCCGCGUAUCCCCACACUUGUGCCGAUUACUGGAGUCGAACGGCGAAUGAAGAAAGAUCAUUCCCUGAAGCUCCAGUACUCCAAGUUCAUCGAUGACUACGAAGCUCUUGGUCAUUGCCAUGAAGUCAAGGAGGAAUCCGACGAACCGAACAAGGCUCGCUACUACCUACCUCACCAUGCUGUCCUACGUCCAUCGAGCUCCAGUACGAAGCUGCGAGUGGUCUUUGACGCAACCGCCAAGGCUACAACAUCCGAUGUAGCUCUCAACCAAGCCCUAAUGGUGGGUUCAACUGUGCAGAACGACAUCUUUGUCAUCCUCGUCCGUUUCCGGAAACACUUUGUUGUGUUCACAGCUGAUAUAUCGAAGAUGUAUCGGCAGAUCAAGGUCAUCUCCGACCACUCGUGUUUUCAACGCAUCUUCUGGCGUGCUGAUCCAGCACUUCCUCUUCGCGUCUUAGAGUUGACAACCGUCACUUAUGGAACAUCGUGCGCUCCUUUCCUUGCGACUCGGUGCUUACUGCAGUUGAGCAUCGACGAAGCGUCAUCGUAUCCGAAGGCAGUCAACAUCAUCCGAGACGACUGUUACGUUGACGACAUCCUAUCCGGAGCCAGCACUGUAGCUGAAGCAAUUGAGUGUCAAACCCAGCUCCUAGGGUUACUCAAUUCCGCUGGGUUCCCAGUUCACAAGUGGAGUUCGAACUCUCCAGAGCUCCUGAAACACGUCCCCGAAGCUGACCGUGAGGAACUGGUAACUCUCGGCGACGAAACUGAAGGUGUCUUGAAGACACUCGGAUUGACAUGGAAUCCACAUCAGGACGAAUUUGCAUUUGUCGUUGACCAGUUCAUGCAACAUUCCAAUCCACCAACCAAGCGAUCCGUUCUUUCCGAGAUAAGCAAACUAUUUGACCCGAUUGGCUUGCUCUCGCCGGUCAUUAUCAUUGCGAAGCUUAUUUUGCAGAAGAUUUGGUUGGCUGGACCUCCAUGGGACACCAACCUAGAAGGAGAACUGCUGCAAGAGUGGCUGCAGUUUCGUACAUCCCUGAAGAACGUGAAUGGCAUCAGAAUACCGAGGUGUGUGGUGCUUCCUAACCACAUUGCUGUUGAAGUGCACGGUUUUUCUGAUGCAUCCAAAAGAGCCUACGGAGCAGCGUUGUAUCUUCGCUGCAUCUUUCCUGAUGGAACUGCAAGUCUUCGUUUGCUUUACAGCAAAUCGAAGGUUGCACCAGUGAAACCAGUAACCAUUCCGCGCAUGGAAUUGCUAGGAGCCUAUCUUCUCGCAAGGCUGAUCUCCAAGGUUGCUGGGUCCAUCGAUCUUUACCUCCGCAACAUCAUACUCUGGACUGACAGCCAGAUUGUCCUUGCUUGGCUGAAGAAACCACUUGCAAACCUGCAAGUAUUUGUGCGAAAUCGAAGUGAAAAAAUUUGCAACCUUACCGAACCGCUGGACCUACAAUGGAAGUACAUUUCAACGAAGGAAAAUCCAGCUGACAUCGUGUCUCGAGGUCUUCUGCCAGAAACCUUGAAGACAACCACUCUCUGGUGGAUGGGUCCGACGUUCCUUCAGAGAGCCGAUUACGACGUAGAGAUUCCGGAAGAUCUUCCUGACGAAAUCGUUCCAGAAUUGAGAGCGUCACCCGUCGUUUCAGCGCUGGUUAUCAAACAAGACAAAUUACCCGUGUUCUUGAAGUUUAGUUCUUUUCGAAAACUGCAACGAGUGAUUGCUCUAGUUCAACGCUUCAUCCUGAAUUGUCGACAAAGAGACGUUUCAAAGCGUGUAACCUGCCAACAUUGUACCAUCACCGAACUUCGAAGCGCUUUAAACGUCAUUGUAAAGGUCAUCCAACAUGAGGCUCUUUCUAACGAACUCCACCGAGUAAAGGCUAAUGAGCCGUGUAAGCGGAUUCAAGCUCUGCAUCCGUUCAUCAUCGACGAGAUUCUGCGAGUCGGAGGAAGACUCCAGAAUUCCAAUCUACCACUGUCCAGUAAACAUCAAAUCUUGCUACCCAAGCAUCCCAUCACCGAUCUCAUCAUCCUGACGUUUCACCAAGAGCUCAUGCAUGCGGGUCCCUCCGGUCUCCUAGCGGCGCUUCGAUUGAAGUUUUGGCUGCUAGAUGGACGAUCAUCAGUCCGUAAGAUCACCAGAUCCUGUGUCCGUUGUUUCCGAUCGAAGCCUCGAAGUUCCAGCCAGUUGAUGGGCAUCCUGCCGUCAUGUCGAGUGACUCAAGCCCAUCCGUUCGAGAAAACAGGAAUAGACUACGCUGGUCCGGUAUGGGUCAAGGAGGGCCGAUAA